CUCUUUCCCUUUCCGUUGUUCCAGGCACUCUCGUGUGUUUAGGCGUUUUUCACAUUCUCUAAAUUUUACCUUAAUUAUACUUGUUUUGAAUUUUCCUUCCGUUUUGGGAAAUGUCUCUAACUAACUUGAGUUAAUCGUCAAAAAGCUAGGGUUUUAUCGUUUUGGGGCCUUUGUUAGUUCUGUGUGUUUAGGGUUCGCCGGGGAAUUCCGAAUUGAUAAUCGUCGGAGCUCUGAAUAUCUCCCGGCGAGAUGGCUUGUAAUAUCCCGAUGAGCCCCCAAUUGGAGCAGAUCCAUGGCGAAAUCCGUGACCACUUCCGAGCCCUCGCGAAUGGUUUCCAGAGGUUGGAUAAGAUCAAGGAUUCAACUCGACAAACCAAGCAACUCGAGGAACUCACUGACAAGAUGCGAGACUGCAAAAGGUUGGUCAAGGAUUUUGACCGUGAACUCAAGGAUGAGGAAGCUAGUAAUCCUCCUGAAGUAAAUAAGCAAUUGAAUGAUGAGAAACAGUCUAUGAUUAAGGAACUCAAUUCUUAUGUUGCUCUAAGAAAAACGUAUAUGAGUACCCUUGGCAACAAGAAGAUUGAACUUUUUGAUAUGGGAGCUGGACCCAGCGCCGAACCUACACCUGAGGACAAUGUUCAAGUCGCUUCAGCUAUGUCAAACCAGGAGCUUGUUGAUGCUGGAAUGAAAAGAAUGGAUGAGACUGAUCAGGCCAUUCAGCGCUCAAAACAGGUUGUAGAACAAACACUAGAAGUUGGAACUCAAACUGCAGCUAAUUUAAAGGGACAGACGGAUCAAAUGGGACGCGUUGUGAACCACUUAGACACGAUUCAGUUCUCUAUCAAGAAAGCAUCACAGCUUGUGAAAGAGAUAGGGAGACAGGUGGCUACGGAUAAAUGCAUAAUGAUGUUCCUGUUUCUCAUUGUAUGCGGUGUGAUAGCCAUUAUCGUAGUGAAGAUCGUCAACCCGAAUAACAAGGACAUCAGGGACAUCCCAGGAUUAGCUCCUCCAGCGCAAUCGAGGAAGCUACUAUACUUGAGGAAUCCGGAGUACAUGGGAAGAUAGAAUCUCUGCCUGUAUAUGUUAUUCACGUGUAAUGAGGAAGUUGCGUCUUGAGGUUCGAUAAUAUAUCUUCUUUGCCUUUUCAUUUGUUCACAAUCCAUUUCAUGGAUGAGAGAGAGAGGGGUUGUGUGCUUUGGUAGUUGACGAGGCUUGGGGUUGUUUAUGUUCAUGUUCUUUUGUUUCUUUUCACCCCAGUCAUUUGAAUCUGGGUUUUGAUUGGAGAGGGUUUGUAUAUUUCAUCAUUUGUUUUCUUUGUAGUAACCUAUCACUUCUUUUGUAUAAAAUUCAGUACCAUGUUAUAUACUCUC